CGCGCGCAUAUCGCACAGGCCACGCGCUAUUUUUGGAAUAACCUGUGCGCGCUCCUACAUGCCAGCUCUCGUGUUGUCUGUCAGUGUCAAACCAGACACCUUUACACCACAUUUAACAGGACUCGUACAGCAAUAUCCUAAAAUAGGUAGUCUUCUUUUCACCAGAGCGUCGCCGCUUUGCCUUUGUCUGUCUGUGUGCUGCGUUUAGAGGCAGCGUCGCGUCUUAAAUGACCGACCUCAGUUGAUCCUAAUAUAGUUCGGGUGAAGCGAGCAUGCGCAGGACGCGGAGAUGUGCACGGAGAAGCUCGGCAGUAGUGCACACGCACAAAUGGACACUGGCACGCAGGACGUUUGCCAUGAGGACUAUAUAAUGAACAGCACAGACCCCGAUCCGAAUGCAGAAGCUUAUAUGAACUUCAUGAAGAAACACUGUUGUUAUGAUGCGAUUCCCACCAGCUGCAAACUGGUCAUUUUUGACACCACACUGCAGGUGAAGAAGGCCUUCUUUGCUCUGGUUGCGAACGGCCUGAGAGCGGCCCCUCUCUGGGACAACAAACUGCAGAGAUUUGUGGGUAUGCUGACAAUCACAGAUUUUAUCAAUAUUCUUCAUCGGUAUUACAAGUCACCUAUGGUUCAGAUCUAUGAAUUGGAGGAUCACAAGAUUGAGACAUGGAGAGGUGAUUCAUUUCAAAACGUCUAUCUGCAAUAUCACGAUCAAUAUCUCAUCAGUAUCACACCUGAGGCAAGCCUCUUUGAUGCCGUCUACUCUUUACUGAAACACAAAAUCCACAGGCUGCCGGUCAUCGACCCAGAGUCUGGAAAUGUCCUUCACAUACUGACCCAUAAGAGAAUCCUCAAGUUCCUUCAUUUAUUUGAAGCCGCAGUGCCCAAGCCACGCUUCUUGAAGAUGCAAAUCAAAGAUGCGGGAAUAGGAACUUUCACAGACAUAGCCACAGUCUCACAGACGGCCACUGUGUACGAUGCACUUUCUGUGUUUGUCGAGCGACGCGUGUCCGCUCUCCCAGUGGUGGAUGACGAUGGCAAGGUGGUUGCCCUGUAUUCCAGAUUUGAUGUGAUUAAUCUCGCAGCGCAGAAAACCUAUAAUAACCUGAGCAUGAGCAUGCAGGAGGCGGUGCGGAGGAGGCGCUGUUAUGUGGAAGGAGUCAUUAAAUGCUAUCCUGACGAGACUUUGGAAACUGUUAUUGACAGAAUAGUCAAGGCGGAGAUGUUUAAUCUCGGCUGUGUCCAGGUCCAUAGGCUGGUGCUUGUGGACAGAGAUGACGUGGUUCAGGGAAUAAUCUCUCUCUCAGACCUGCUGCAGGCCAUAGUCUUAUCUCCAGCAGGUAUUGAUGCUCUGUUUUCCUAACCUGAGAGGAUAUGUUUUCACCUGUUCCCUCAUCUAACCAGCACUAGUAACCAGGUAUUCAGAGCAGAUAAAAUAUGACCGCGAGCAAGAAUGAAGAAAAAAUAUCUUUUUUACAUGAUGCAUUUGCAUUGUAAAGCUUUAUGGAUCAUGUAGAGUGUAUAAUAUAUUAAACAACAAAUUUCUCAUUUAACUGAGAGAUUGUUUAUGAUGAGUACUGACAAAGAGAAGUGUUGCUUUAAGUUUUUAUGUAUGAGUGAGCACACAAGGGCUGGGAUUUUGAUCAAAUUGAUCAUCUAGUUUGCCUUUUUGUGCUGCUAUGAAAUGUAUAGACAGAUUAUCAUGUUUUUUUGUUUUUGUUUUUGUUUUUUCCUAAUAAAAAAUUCCUUGUGCUCUUUUU